AUGAAACAGUUAAGCAAUAUUGCUUUUCAAGUCGAAAAUCUCCAAAAAGUUGCUACUUUUCCGGAAUUUUCCCCAUUCUACGAAGCGCAUGAAAAGUUUCAGCGCGGUGUUACAGAUAUUAUCGAAAAUUCAAUUAAGAAAAUGGAAGAAGAUAAAGAUUACUUACUUGGUUCGUCUGAAGGUGCUAUACUGAUGAGACAGAAUAUAAAGAUACUCCAGGACGAGUUAAAUGUCGCAUUAACGGAUAUUAAGCUUCGAAGGCAAACAAUAUUUGCAAAUCAUGUUGGAGCUUACAUUAAGGCAGUACACGCUGAAUUACAUGAUUACAAAGAUAGAAUUCAAAACGAGCCAAUGUAUCAAAAUUCAAUUCGUCCAUUUUUACAAUUGUAUAAUACAGAUUUCAAGCAGCUUUACUCCCGGUUUACCCGCUUAAUGACACCACUCGAUUUUGAAAACAUUCCUCAAAAAGUUGUUACGCACACUAUUGAACAGCUAAAGCGGCUAACAGCUACAUUAACUUCAACACUUAUUCCUAUGGUUAGCCAUUCUCGUACCGCAAAAUUGAUUACAAGCAUUUUUAUUGAAAAAUAUAACGCACAGUUUAUUCCUCUUAUACAUUCAAUGAAUAAUGCUCCGUUAUUUAAUGAGAGAAUUCGAUUUUUAGAUACCGCAAUUGCUGACUUAAUGACAGAAUUUAAUUUAUAUUUUUCAACUCUUCAAAAACAGAGGCCACAAUCAGAUUUUGCUAAGAAGCCACGCUCUCCAUCGAAAUCUCAAGUAGUUCGUUCUCAAUCUUCCUUGGUUUCUAGUGAAAGAAUUAUUUCUUACACAUUAGAAUGCGAAUUAGGAAAAACAAAAGACAAACUUGAUGAAGCUCUAUUAACAAUUGCAAAUAUGAAGCAGCAAACUAAAAACCAAAAGGAGAAUUUCCAAAGACUUGAUGAAGUCCUAAAUUUGAUUUAUUCUCGAUUAAGACCUUUAGCAAAGAAGGAUCCAACAAAGCCAGAAAUGCAGACACUUGAUAAAAUAUACAAAACAAUCGGCCAAAUUGAGCUAGAAUUAGCAGAUUUAGAUUCAAAACACAAAAAAGCAGAUUGGCUUCGAGAAAAGCUCAUAAAAAUUGGUCUUCUAUUACACCAGAACGAUGAAAAUAAAGAAAAGCCUCGUUCUAUGACAAACGAAGAACUUGUUGAUGAUAUUUUAUCUCAUGUCGAAAAUGGCUUCAGAAAUAAAGUCAAUAACAUGUAUCAUGAUUACCAAAAUGAUGUAGAUCAAGAAAAGAUAGCCGAAAUGAGUGAUGAUGAAAUGAUUAAAGAAUUAAAGUCAAAACUUGAUGCUCUUCAAGGUUUGCACAACAAUAUCAGUAAGAAUCUAGAAAAGAUAGAUCCUAAUAAUAAAGAUUCUGAUAAAUUAUCCAAUAAAGAACUCGGCGAAAAACUUGAUUCUGAAAUUGAAAAAUUGAAAGCAGAAAUUGCUAAAGGAAAUGAUGUCAAUGAAAAGAUUCAAUCAACCUAUAAGCAUGCAGGUGGAAAUAAGGAAGAAUCUCCAUUAGACAUGCUUAAAUUUAUAGAUGAUAAAUUAGAUAAUGCUGAUAAGAUUGCUGAUAAGAUGCAUGGCUUGCUCAAAGAUAGAGGCUUAAAUGAAUCUGACUUAGAAGGCAAAUCUCCUGAUGAAUUAUUUGAUUUAAUUUCAAAUUCGGCAAAAGAAGAUCAAAAAUUGAAAGAUAAGCUCAUGGACACUUACAAAGACUUAACCGGUAAAGAUUUUGAUUCUAAAAAUCAGCCAUUAUCAGAAAUUUUUGAUAAAAUAUCUAAUGUGGCGAAAGAAAACAAAUCUCUUAGAGAAAAGCUAAUUCAAAUAUACAGCAUGUUAGGUGGUUCAAAGAAAUCUGUUUCUGAUAAGACAAACAACGAAAUUGCAGAUUUAAUAAUUGAAAAACUUAAAGAACUUACCGGUGAAAUCAGAAAGAUGUUUACCAAUGAUCCUGGUAGUUCUGUUGCUCCAGUUGACUUAAUUAAAAUGCUUUCCAGCAAAAUGCCAAGAGUUAAAUCUUAUCACAAGCAACUUUCUGACAUUCAUGAUUGUUUAUGCAAUAAAAAUGGAAGUGAUAGUGAUGAUAGUGAACAUGAUCUUGACGAUGAUGACCUUAUUCGCGAUAUUCAUGGUGAAUGUGAUAACAUUUUAGCUCUUAGGAAGAAACUCAUUGAUUGCUAUGUAGAAGGUAGCUCUGAGAAAGAAUCUCAACAAGAGCUAAAGAAUAUCGCUUCUAAGUUGUCUAAUUUAGAACUUGUUGAUGAAAUCUCCAAAAAUUCCCAAGAUAGGAUCGAUUCGAUACAUGCUCUCCAGGCGGCUCUCCCCAACGCCAAAGAUCAGAAUUCUUUCCCGCUAUCGAAGAAAAUAAUUGCGGAAGUCGAAGAACUUCGAAAGCGGACGUCGCGGACCCAUGAUUCCAUUGCCAAUCUCGCUGAUACCCUUUCGAAGUUGAAGGCCUUUCCAGAAAUCAGCUGCUGCUCCGAUGACGCCGAUAUCGUCAGUAGCGUUUCGAAGAAUAUCGGCGAAAUAUUAAAUAAUUCAAGUAUUUUCCGGUGUAUUCUUGAAGAGAAGUUCGUCAAACUUGGCGGACAUCGCGAUAAAAUUCGUAAUCUGGAUGAUGUGGGACUUCUAAAGGCCCUAAUCAAUCUCUAUGAUUCUAUAAACUAUAACCUUAUCAUGAAGAUAAGGAAGAGAUUGAUUGAAAUCAUCAAAGAUUACGAAAAAUUAGAUGGCGAUGAGAAUAUAGACGAACUUCUUGAAAUUAUUGAAAGACUUCUCAAAAAUAGACCUCAGAAAGUCGAAAGUCAAAAACCUCGUGUCAAAACAACUGAAAACUGCGCACAAACCGAUCCGAUUUCAAAUGAAUUGGAAUCAAAGAGUAUUAACGGUCUAAGAGAAGUUUUAAUAAGGAUCACAGGAAAGAAAGGUAGUACAUUUGACAGAAAGGAUGUUGAUGAAAUGCUCCAGAUAGCGCUUCCAAAAAUUGAUGAAAUUAUUGGAGCAAAUAUCGAUGGAACUUCAAUUGUCUUUGAAAAGAUCAAAGACCUAUUGCCGCCAAAUACAAAUAGGAAUCAAUUCUUAGGAGUUUUAAGAGAUAUGGUCAUCAAACGAAAUAAUACCAAUGAAAUGUGUCUGAAAAUGGCAAAACAUCUUACAGAAAUUCUCAAAACUCUUUCAGUUGGUCAUGACAAUGUUGAUUGUGAGUCAUUAUAUAAUCAUGUCCAAGAUUUGGUGAAUGAAUCAAAUUAUAUUCUUCCAAAUGAAGUCGAAAGUGACGUUCAUGGACUCAUCAUUAACAUGAAUGAUGCACUGAUGAAUUCUUCUACAUUUUUAAUCAGUUUGAUGCAAAAUUCAAUUGGAAAUUCCGAAAUUACAUCGAAGUACGAUGAGAGCCUCAAGACAAACUUACUUCUAUCAAAAGAAGUCUCAAAGAUGAGAAAACUGAUUGACGAAAAAGAUGCUCAACUUAGUGUAGAAACAGAGAAGCUACAGACUGCGGAGAAAACAUUCAGAAGUUUCGCAGAAUCAAGUAGCGCUUUGUUAGAAAAAAGUGUCAGACAAGUAAGACAGCAAUUUCUCGAUGAAAAGUCAAAAGCCACCUCGAAUCCAGAGCAAUAG